AUGUACGCACCUACGGAUGAGACUAAUGAUCCAUUUAACAUUGAUAACUUAUCAAGAAGUGAUCAUGUUAAGUCGAGUGUAACUUUUUACACAAGUCCAUCACUAAAAACACAAUCUUUCGAUAGAUUGAGGAAAAUAAUUGUUCAACCACCCGGAGCUGAUAAUCCAUCGCACAGUCAAGAUUAUAAAAUGCAAGUUUCAUUUGAGGAUAAAAGAGUGUCCAAACCUAUGGCUUUUAAAGAUAGAUUCGGAAGUUUUAUAGCGAAAGUCGGGAAUUUGUUUCAAAGUGACUCAUCGAGUGUGAAAAUGAGUGAUAAAGGGAUGCGUAAUACACCUCCUCAAAAAUAUCAGAAGCAGAAGAUUGAGACUAAACAACGGAAUGAUGAAUGCGAUGACAGAGUUAGUAAACAUAUAGAUCAGAAUCGUUUAGUAGUUUCUCGCGAAUCUAAAGCUCUUGAUAAAGUAUCAAAUAAAAACUUUUUUGUGGAUAAUUUUGAAACGGAGAACAAUAUAGGGAUUGGAAAGUUUGGUGGUGUAUAUAAAGUAAAGCACAGAUUUGAAAAAAAGAUUUAUGCGGUUAAAGUGAUUACGUUCUUUGUGAAACUGCGUUCUGAUUAUGUGGUGAAUUACCGCAACUUUUGGGUAGAAAGCAACAACUUUUAUAUUCAAAUGGAUUAUUAUUCGCGAUCUCUUCAGACAAUUCUCGACACAAAACACAUUGUCUUCGGGAGAGAACCGGAAGACCCGAUGGAUUGCAUCGAAGAACUCUUAGAAAGUGUGCGAUAUUUACAUGAAAUGUGUCCACCGGUUAUUCAUGGUAACCUUAAACCGGCAAAUGUAUUGAUUUCUUUAAAUAACAAUAAUAACCAUUUCAUAAAAUUGAGUGACUUGGGUUCCGCCACUUUCCACGACAUGCCAUUCUUUAGCCACACCUCUAAUGUCAAAACUGCACAAUAUAUGGCACCCGAAAUACAACAGCGCCAGUAUAACAGUAAGGUUGACAUCUAUAGCCUGGGAGUGAUUGCGUUUCAUUUGUUUGAUUUAUUCAAUAUUCGACCGAUUCUAUGA